AUGAAAUCCGCAUUCAUCCUCGUCAUCCUUUUCGCUUCUCUCGUCGCCCUCAACGCAUUCCAUCUGCCAUUCCAGGUACUUUCCCUAUCUUUCAAACAUACCGUAAUCCCAACUAGAUGCUUCAGUUCCUCGGAUCCAGCGAAGAGUUCAACGGAGGUGUCGCCAAGCGUAACUACUACGACAAUAAGCCGUACAAACGCGAGUUCAACGCCGACGAUCUCACCUUGCGCUUCGGAAAACGCGGAGGAGCCGGUGAGCCGCUUGCCUUCUCGCCGGACAUGCUCGCCCUUCGUUUUGGCAAAUAG